AUGUCGCCAUAUUUUCAAGAUAUGCUGGAUGGCGUUGCUGGUAUUGGACCUGGUUACAAGGGGCCUUCUUAUGAUAAGUUAAGGGUUCAUUUGUUGGCUGAUCUUAAAAGAGAAAGUCAAAUGCUAGUUGAUAGUUUGUACUUUGUGAAAUCAAUAGAUGCUUCCAGUAUGGUAAAAUAUGCUUCACACUUGUGUAAUUUAUUUUCUGAGGUGAUUGAAUGGAUUGGCCCAAAUAAUAUUGUGCAUGUUGCGACUGACAAUACGGCCAAUUAUAUUGCUGCUGAUAUAAGCAGCAUGGCGCAUAUUUCUAAUCUUGCAACACGUGCUUCAAAGAUCACAGUAUUUGUGUACAAUCAUACGAGCAUCUUUGACCAUAAAAAGGAGUUGCAACAAUUGGUUGUAGAUUCAAUUUUCACUGAUCACAAAUUAGGAAGGAGUGCUACUGGUAGAGCUGUGAGUGCUAUUAUUCUGGACUGCAAAUUUUGGGACGAUUGCUUUACUGUAUGUAAACUUGUGGGCCCUCUGAUUUACUUGCUGAGGGUUGUUGAUGCUGAUGACAAACCAUCUUUGGAAUAUGCUUAUGAAGGAAUGCUAAGGGCAGAAGAUGCAAUUAAGGAUAUGUUUAGGCAAUCCAAGACUGCAUAUCAGCCGUACACAGAUAUUAUCAACUCAAGAUGGGACAAGCAUUUGAAGAAUGAUCUUUAUGCGGCAGCUUACUUCCUGAAUCCUAAAUUCUUUUUUAAUGAAAAUUAUAAAGAAGCACCUGAUGUUAUGCGAGGUUUGCUUGAUCUUGUUACCUUGUAUUGCAAGUGUAACAAUUUGGAUUCAGUUCAGGCAAUGAAAGAAAUACAUUUAUAUAGAGAUCGAAAGGAAAGUUUUGAUAGACAAGAAGCUAUUCGAGCUGCAUCUGAACUUAAGCCUGUUAAGAAUACGGCUGAAUAUUUGUUAUUCGGAAGCUCUACUCCAUGUUUACAAAAGAUAGUUGUUCGCAUUCUUAGCCAAGCAUCUGCUUCUUCUGGGUGUGAGAGAAAUUGGAGCCUUUUUUACCAGAUUCAUACAAAAAGAAGAAAUAGAUUGGAGCAUGAUAGACUGAAUGACAUUGUUUAUGUUACCUAUAAUUUGCGUCUUAAAUCCAGCAUCUGUCAAGUUGACUUUUGGGUGACUGAAGAGGUUGUAGAGAAAGAGCCUGAUCUUUCUAGUAAUGUGGAUGACUUAUUGCGUGAAAUUGAUGUUGAUUUAUAUCAAAGUGGCAGUGGUAGUAGUGGUCUUUAUGCUGCAUCUCUUGAUUCUUCUGCUGAACAGGAUGAGAAUGAAGGUGAAAAUCAUCCCACCGAAGCAGAUUUGCAACAAGUUCUUGCAGAUUUUGAUGAUUGA